AUGCCGUUUAAGAUAAUAUCGUUGGGACAAUGUUCUAGAAGACUUCAAUUAAUAACUUCUCACUGGCUUGAUGUUAAUAGUUUGGAAAUACGUCCAGAAUGGGCAAAUGGUCCUUCAAUUUGUCCUUCUCCUCCUCCUCCACCACAAGCACAAUCACAAGCAAUUUCAACAGGUCUUCCCCUUUCUUCUGGCUAUCGUCGACGUCUUCCCUCUCUCCGUUCAAAACCAAAAAACCAACCAAAAUCUUUUCAUUUACGUUUACAACUUUCUUCAGGCCGUUCAUUUCGCAUCAAAACAAUAAAUUCAUUAGAGGAUUCUGAACAACCCGAGAGGCUUCUAAAAAUUUUACUCUGUCGAUUGGCAAAUGGACAACUUUUAGAAUUAACAAUUUGGGAUGCUUGUCUUUCUGAAAGAUUAAGAAAUUGUAUUAUUCGCUGUUCUCAAUUACUUCGUUGUUUACGUCUUUGGAAUUGUGGCCGUUGGUUAAAUACAUAUCAUCCAUCACCUUUAUUAAUUUCUUUAAUUGGUUUAACUUCUUUAAAACAAUUAUUUAUAUUAGAUUCAACAACAAUUAAUUAUAAUAAUUCAUCAAAUGAAUCUGCUAAUUCAUUUUUUUCUUCUUCUUCAUCACCAACAUCUUCCUUCUCUUCUUUUUCUUCUUCCACAUCCAAAUUUAUUUUUUCAAAAAAUUUAGCAAAAGCUAUAAAUGCCCCACUAGAAGAGCUUCAAUUGACAAAUUGCAGGCUUUCUCUUAGUGCUUUGGAAUUAAUUUUACCAAAAUGUUCAGAGUCUCUUAAAAGAUUAUCAAUUGGACAUUUUAAUUCUUCUGCUUUAUUUCGUUUUAUUGAAUUUUAUUUACCAAAAAAUAUUCGUGUUUUACGUGUUCAUCAUAAUGCUAGACGAAUUCCAAAUUUUGCUGAAAUUGGUGGAAUGUCUUCAAAUUGUUCAAUACAAGAACCAAUUUCAACAACAACAAAAACAUCAUUAAAUAGUUGUUCUUCACCUUCUCUAUCUUUUUCUAAUUACUUUUCUUCAUCUACCACAAGUUCAUCCUAUCAAAAAAAGUAUUCAAAGGGUUCUUUAUUUUCAAAUAAUUCUUCUAUUGAUUCUUCAAAUAAUGAUAUUAAUUUAACUAUUGAACAACAACAAAAUAUAAAAUUAAUAAAUUUAAAAAAAUCUUCAACUUUCCAUACUUCUUCCUCACCACGUAUUUCUUCUUCUGCUUGUUCAACAAUUUCAUGGCCAGGAACUAAUAAUUCUACUAAAGAAGAUGAACAACUUUCUCUUGCUACUUCUUCCACUUGGUGUACUUUAAGCACAGAUUUAUUACAAAAUAAAGAUAACAAAGUUAAAGAAAAAUCUUCAAAUGUUAAUAAAUUAUUUUCUAAUCGAAAAUUGACAAUUUUUGCUAUUGCCGAAGAACGUCAAAUUAAUUUAACAAAAAGAAACAAAAAACAACAAAGAUUAAGAAAAUGCAAAUUUAAUGGAAUUGAAGUUAUUUAUGUUUCUGCUGCUGAAGCGCAAAGUUCUCAAGAAGUACUCGGUCGUAUGGGAUCUCCAAUACAAUCACCAUAUGUUUAUACAACAAAUCAAAAUAAUAGUCAACCAUCUGGAGUUCAAAGAGUAAUACAUGGUGAUUUGGUUAAAACAAUUCCUCUUUCAUCUCUUGGAAUGGAAUCUGAUUGGGAAAGUGAUAUUGAAUAA